CUCCCGGGCGUCCAGAGGCGGAAGUGAAAGGUGUCUACCGCGAGCGUUGCCUUUGAAAAACUUUGGGCUAUCUGAUGAUUAUGGCAUCAAGAAACAUCUGGUGUGUGAGAAGAAACUUUCUCUUUGAUUUAAGAGGCUGGAUGCUUCAGUAUUCAGCAGAAGUUUUCCUCAAGUGGAUUUCAUUCAGGCCGUUUAGUGUGGAAUGCGACAGUAAGGACAAGGAGUCUUUAGACGAGGAGAAGGAGGACCUGCUGAACAACUUAGUCACCAUGGGCGUUGAUAUCGACAUGGCAAGGAGGUGACAGCCUGGAGUUUUUAACAAGGCUGUUACGAAUGAGCAGGAGCUGAAGAUGUUCCUUCUGUCCAAGGGAGCUAGUGACAAAGUGAUUGGUAGCAUCAUAUCAAGAUAUCCACGAGCUAUAACACGCACUCCCGAAAGUCUUUCAAAACGGUGGCAUCUNUGGAGAAAGAUUAUGGCAUCAGACCUUGAAAUUGUAAAUAUUUUGGAGCGUUCUCCUGAAUCCUUUUUUCGAUCUAAUAACAAUCUAAACUUAGAGAAUAAUAUAAAGUUCCUUUGCUCUGUUGGGUUGACUCAUAAAUGCCUCUGCCGACUGUUGACCAAUGCUCCCAGAACCUUCUCCAACAGUCUGAAUUUGAAUAAGCAAAUGGUUGAAUUUUUGCAGGAGACNGGUAUGUCCUUAGGUCACAAUGAUCCCAGAGAUUUUGUCAGGAAGAUAAUUUCUAAAAAUCCUUCCAUCUUAAUUCAGAGCACCAAACGUGUGAAAACU